AUGGAUCUCCAGUUCAAAAUAUUCCAGCCGGUGCUUAAGAAGAAGAGAUAUGGUGCUAGUAGAUUUAAAGAUCGCAGAGCUACAGAUGACAGUAAGCAGACUGAGUCUUUCCUGGAAGAAGGACCUCAGGUUCCUAACAAUCCCAUUUAUUAUAAUGACUCACAAAUGUUUAUGGAUGACCUUGACGAGCCACUUAUUGAAGGAAUCAACGAGAGUGGUCAAAAAGAAAUUAACAAACUUAUUUUACCUAAAAUUAGAAGGUAUUUUCUAAUUAAAAUUUUAUUUAGUCAGGCCAAACAUGUUAAUAAAAUCGCUACAGGGGUCUCUACAAGUACGGAUCCUCCUAAGAAAGAAAAAAGAAUAGGAACUAAAUAGACCAUCCUUUAAAACCAAUCCUUCUAAAGAGAGGAAGAAUUUCAAAAUACAGUUAUUAAAGGAUGAGAUAGAUGAUGGAAAAAUCAAUGCCCAAAGGAAUUUAUCUGUUAUCAGUAGGAACAUUCGUAACCUCAAGCUUUUACGAUAUCCUCACAGGUCUUCAACAAUAGUUUCUAAUAAAACAGAACAGAAAUCUUUGGAUAUCUCUAAGCUUCAAAAUGACUUUGAUUUUGUGAAUCCCAAGAUGAGUCAAUUCUUGCAUAUCUCAAAUGAAGGGAUGGACUAUAGUUCUUCAAACAUAGCCAAACCCUUUGUAGGACCUGAAAUUUCUAUAAAAAUCAAGAAGAAAGAUAAUUCUUUUAAUGAUUAUUAUGAUUCUCAGCAGACGAAAAUUGAGACUCUUGGAACUAUCAACAGAAAUAGUGAGAAGUUAAGCUCAAAGAUCCACAUGUCCUCUGAUAAUCUUCGAGAAUCAAAGAAGAAAUAUCUCAGGAAUAUUGCAUCUAUCCAGUCAAAUGAAGAGAUUAAGCACUAUAAAGCCAGGAUGAAGGUGAAAAUGAAUGAAAAAUUAGCAACAUUGAGAUUACAUAAGGUGCGUGGAUCCCAAUCAUCUCUCUAUCCCACCAAGAAUCCUGUCAAAAUCUUCAAGACUGAACUUAGCAAUAAGGGGAGAAGAUAUAUUGCAGUCAUCCCUGAUGGUAGCAGCACUGAGGAUCCUUCUAAAUUCAUUAAAAUAGAGAUUACUCAGUUCCUUCAGAAGUACUCCAUUAAUUCAAAAUAAAUUAGAAGAUUAUGCUGAGAAAAAGAAGGCAGCGAAAGCUCAGGGCAAGUUUGACAAAAGAGCAUUCCUAGAAUUCAAGAACUACAUUGAUAAAGAGUUUGAUAAGAGAGAAGAGGUCGUUCGGCUUUCUAAGAACUCCCAGAUCGGCCAGUUCAGAAUCAAAUCUGAUUUCCAAGAAGACAAUAAAAUCAUGCUCUUUACUCCUGAUGGCAAAUAUAUCAGAAAAUUUUCAGAUAUUGAAGGUGUUUAUGAUGAGAGCAGGAAGAACUUAGGCUUCUUGGUGGCAUCCUGGACCGGCUAUUUCCUUGGCCUCAGGGAUUACGAUCCUGACCACGGCCAUUUGUUCGAGAAAGAACUUAAAGAAAGACAGAUUAGGGAUAAUAUUAAGAAACUUGAAUCAGAGUGGGAGGCUAAAAGGAAUAAAUAUAGUUUUUCAAAUGCUGAAAAUUCAAGAGUUGGAGUUAAAAAUAUGAAAAUUCAGAGUACUAAUUAUAUUUGGAAGAAUGAGGAAUACAGGGGUAGAUUUACAUCUCAACUUGGAGAGAUGAGGCCAGCUCACUUGUUUGAUCCAGUUGAAGAUGAGAUAAAAUAAUUGUAGUGAUUAUGAUGAAGAAACACAAUAUUUCUCACCUAGGAAAACAAGAUCUCCUCGUAAAGGAAAGUCACCAAGAAAAAGGAAGUCACCAAGGAAAGAAAAAUCCCCUGUUAAAGCAGAUUAUGGUUUUGAUAAAAAGAGUUCUCUUAGUAUAAAACCAGCUAAGCAAGAGAAUAAUUUAUCCAAAGAAAGGAGUCAUGCAAUGCUAGUCCAAGCAUCUGCUCAGGAUAUUCUUAGUUUUGACAGUGUCUGUCAGUUUGGAAACCUCUACAAGGUUGAAAACAGACUUAUCUACGAACUUCACUCCCAAUUCAUCAGCAUCAGAGAUAUGCAGAGAAGUGUUUAUUCUUUGAAUACUUCAGAAAUUCCUGCUUCGUUGUUCAUAAAAUUUUGAAAUGUGCUAAAGGACAAGACUCCUUUGGUUCAGAAAAGAUUUUUGAGAGCAUUUGGGAUUGAUUUCAAUCAUAAUAAAAAGAAGAAACGCUCGUCUAAUAUCAAAUCCAAGUUACAAGAAAUUGCAGGUGAUAAUGAUGAGGACUCUGCCCCAGAUACUCUAGUUAGCUGGAGGACAUUCCUACAUCUCAAUGCGCUUCUGAAAUACCAAAAAGGGACUCCCCAGAUGUUCAUUGACAUGUGGAUGAUCUUUAUCGAUCCAUUAAACAAAGGAUUCGUUAAUGCCAGUGAUAUCAGAAUUGUGUUUGAGGAGCUAGCUAGAGGGAGGUACACAAGAGACCCUACCCUGAUAUCCCAAGGAUUCUCAAACGCAAUGACUUAUCUUCUCCAAUCCAGCUCAGACAUAAACUCAGAGGAGAUACGUAUGGAUAAGGUCAGAGAAACAUUUGAAGAUACGGAUUCUGAAGUGAAUUUGUUAUAUCUCAUCAACCAAACUUUGAAGACCAAUUGUGAGUACAAAGGGAUUACAGAGGUUAUUGCAAAGAUUCUUGAAGAAAAACGUUAUUAAUUUCAAUAUUUCUAGAAA